AUGUCUGCGAUCGAGACCAAGUCCCCAGGAUUCUUCCUGGACCACGAUGAUAGAUGGAAUCUGGGUGAUAAGCAUGAUCCCAAGUUGGGACUUACCACAGUGAAGAUGACCGAAGGGCAAUUCACCUAUGCAUUGGGCAGGAGGGGUACUACUAGACGGAAACUGGAGAAAGCUAGUGGUGCUAUUAUGGAGUACAUCGGGUAUACGGCCUUCAUAUGUGGUACUAAGGAGGAGAGGCGUAGAGGAAGGGACUACCUCAACUACUUAUUAGAUCAAAGGGAAGGAGAG